CUCAUGCAUCACUACACUACAGUCACGUACAGCACCAUUCCCACUCCACGCCACACGGAACACGUGCUGAGAGACGAUAUCCCCCGCCAUAGCAUUCGCUUCCUAUACCUCAUGCAUCAACUCCUUUCCGUGGCUGCCCUCCACAUCGCAUGCCUCUCGCUCGAAAAAGGGGAGCUCUGUGCAUUGAAAUAGGCGAGGAUGGCGGCGGACGAAGGACUUGAGGAGGGGUUGAAGGUCGCCGCGUGCUCGGGGUCACUUCGUUGCUGUGUUUCGUGGAAAAGAGGUCGAGGUCAUGGCGAAGGAAGAGUUGAGUGUGGUUUUCGGGUGGCCG